AUGAACGGCAAUGAAGAACUAUUAGCGCUAAGAGAUAUUUACAGGGAACGAGUUAUUCCCGAGAAUAAACGAUUCAAGCAGCGAUGUGUUCUUUUUUCAGCCGAGAGUUUGAAAGAAAAUCAUCGAAGUUUUUGGAAAGAAAUUUUUCUUUUCAACUACUCAGGUGGGGACAGAAAUCGAAGCACGGCGCAAGCAAGAGACUCGGAAUUCGAUGAGUUUUUGGAUUUCAAGAGGUUUUCUGAUGGAUCCGGGCCUCAUACCUAUUUAAAAAAGCUCCUUGAAUACAGAAAAUUGCCAAAAGAAGAGCGAUGGAAAAAGCUCAAGCUUGCUGAUUUCGCAGGCGCUCUUCAGAAAAAGACAGGGGAGGAGGAGGAAAGUCCGCAAACUCUUAGCCCUUUCAGCACUUACAUUAGACCACAAACAUUCUUGGAAGAAAUAUUGGACAUUCAACUUCAUUCACUGUGGCUGGAAAAAACAACGAAUGAAUUGGGAGAGUUGAAACUCCUAUUUCCAAAUGAAAAGCAAUUCAAAGAAGAUGUUUCCAAAUCAGAUGCUUCGGUGCAGGAAUUCGCCAGGGACGAAGCGAAAGCCCAGGCCUGGCUGAAUAUUUCCACCUGUUUGUUAAAAGCAUUUGAAGAUCAAGCUGCCUCUGUUUUUCACCUUUACCAAGAUUUCUUUAGCGACAUAGAGCGAGAAAUGGAAGACAAAGAAGAUUAUUACGGCAUAAGCGCUGGAACAACUAAUGAAUUCAAACUAUGGCUGAAUGAAGAGGUCAAGAAGCCGGAUCAUCUGAACCCGUUGAGCGAAGAAAACUUUACGAAAAAUUUGAGCUAUCAGAUUCCGGAGUUGGGCAGACUCGCAGCGACGAAGGUUUCACCGCCAACUACAACUAUUCAGAAUGCGCCCUAUCAAACCAUCAAUCACUCCGUUUUAAAAACGAUCGUUCCAGUUCUCCUCAAAAUCCGCUGCUUUUUGGAAGGAAAGGAUGAGCUUCACGAGCAUUUAUCAUCUUUCAUCUUGAAAACUGACGAUUCGAAUCGAUUCGUCAGUGUCACUUUGGCCGACGUUUUCAAAGAGAAGAUUUCCGUGGAAAUGAAUUCAAAGUGGCUGAACUCGUCUUUGGAAGAAAUCGAGGUCCGCUACGUUCACGAAGAUUUCAACCCCGAAUUAUUCCCACUGCCCGAGUGGCUUCCAGAUUUGAAGAAUCUGUACACAUUCUUGCUCGCGACCUUGGCUCGCUAUCCGAUGACGCUUUGCAGGCACGUGAUGAAGAAGUUCGAGAGCGUCGGUUCCAACUCCUUCGACCAUUCGAACUUCAUCGCCGAGUUCAAUCCCGUCUUCGACCAAUGCCUCAAAAACGAGUUCAAAGAAGCGCUCAAAUGCAACUUUCAAAAGGUCCUUGUCCCGCCUCGGAAUCACUUGAAAUCGGGCGACUUCGACUUGCACUUGUAUCUUCGGCGAAUCAAUAACUUCUCGCUCUAUCCGAUUCGGGCUGAGUCGAUCGGACGAGUUCUGCAAUUCGAAAUGAAGCACUUCAAGGACCUCUCUCGCGGAAUGCACAUUUCUACCAAGCCGAAAAUGAUCGAGUUCUUUCAGGAUAAUGCUCUCGUAAUGAUGGACGUUUUGAACGAUUGGAUCAAAGAAGGAACGAUAGUCAAGCAACACGCAUUCGCAGAAAAGUCAUCGAAUCUCUCAAGUCUCAAAGGCCAGAUGAAACAAAGAAGCUUGUCCAGCAGAUGA